GCUAGCCCGGUCUAACGUCGUCGUCCCAAGUCAAAGAGUCGUGUGUCGAAACACAACAACGGUGCCCCGUUGUUUGAGGCCAGCAGUUCGCCGGAGUUCUACGGUGCUGUUAGUUAGAUGCUUGCUUGCAAGAUUCGAUCAGGUGGAAGAAAGUGACGCGUGAGAGUUCUGGACGUUCUAUGUGGAGGUGGCAAGUUCCGGGGAUCAGUGAAAGUGAGGAAGAUAUCCCAUUGGAAGACUUGGCGAGUCCAAGGAUAGUGCUCAAGCGGGACAAAACUUUCUUGAUGGUUCAACCUAAAUGUGCUAAAGAGUAAUCAAUAUUCACAUUGAUGCCCAUUCAAUAAACGUUGUGUAAAAGCUGUGUGCUAACUUAUCAAACUCAAACGAUUGUUUAGCACAACUCCAAAUACGCCUCCUCUAAGCCGAGAACUGCGUUUUGUUUACAUCACCAUCGGCGAGGCGUGACGCGCGCUCGACGGAGGCGAACAUUUUCCCUAAGAAGAGCAAUACCAACAAGUCGACUCAACCAAACAACUAAACAGCGCCAUUUUUCGCGGUUCACGUGUUGAAGCCAUCACCUGGAGUGUGGGGGGGAAAAGGUCGGAGGUAACCUAAAAUUAGUCCAUUGUGUGGUGCAAAAUUCAAUAGAACUGGAAGUUUCCUUGGGUGGAGCGCAAGGUCCAUUCAGAGUUUUUCCUUCGAAGUGAGAAUCACGAAGAAGAAUUUUCGCGCAAGAAAGGCGAUUGUGAGUGUUUUGUGUGUGUGCUUUUCAAAGGUGAUUAGUGUGCGAAAAACAAGUACCAGACGACGGCGACGACGUGCGAGGGAGUGUGAAACGUUUCGUGAAUUCAUUCAUGAAGUUUUUUGCAACAAAUACUUCCGCUUGAAGACACGGUUGCGCUACCAACUGGGCUAAGUCUCAUUGCCGAGGAAGAAGAGGAGAAAGUUGUCAUUGUGUGUCAGUGUACUCCGGUUUUUUUUCGGUGUGUGAUAAAUUAGGUCGAUUUUGAGGAAAAAGCAGCAGACACGCUUUUCACGCCUUGCUAGCUGUCAUCUCGAUUGCCUUGCUGUCGUACGUGCUUCAUACUGUCAAGAACCCAUCGCGAUGCAACUAACCACAAAAGGUAGCAGCGCCAACUAGGAUCGCCGAGGAACCUCAACUAGCGCGGGGAUCAAAAGUUAUGAACACUUUGGAGGGGGUUUGAUUUCUGCUUGAGGAGGAAGACGCGUGAGACGUGACACGUGGUUCCGUCAUCGCGUUAGAUGUUCUGGUCCAGAACUUUUGGGAGAGAACACAACUGAGAGUGCGAGAGAGAGAGACUGAGAACUGCAUUUUGUGCAAUUGCGCGCACGACGGUGCACUCCUCGCGAAGAGUGCAUCCCCUGGUCCACAAACGCCGCUGGGACGACGUGGGGAGGAGGUUAAGGGAAGGGUUGCCAACCCAUUUUUUUUGUUGCUGCUGUUGUUGCCUAGCCUAGGAAUUGAGCCGGAGCCAAAAUGCUCUCCUACAUGCUACCAGUUGAGGAAAAAUCGCCCUCAGUGACGGCGGCCAGUGCUGCGGCGGCCGCGGCGCGAAAUCUAAGCUUAAAUCUGAACAAUCCGGCCAAUCCGGGUUCCGGCUCGGGUGGUUCCUCGUCCAAGCAGUUCAAGGACACGAACGGCAGUGUUGCCAGUAACGGUGCGAACGGGCGCAGUUCCGUGACGACGUCAUCUUCCGGCAAGGUCAUCAAGUCGGCCAUCAAAACAAACCAUCGGUAUCAGCUGGUGUCCUCCAGUUCGUCGUCGGUGGAGGAAAACGGCGGUGGUUCCGGUUCCGCGGCGGGAUCCGCCAACGGGAAGAAAAAGUUUGUCAAGCGUAACGGCGCGGAAGAACCGGUGCGUAACGGGGGUAACGGGGUCAGUGUCGCCGCGGAUGAUCUGAGUGAUGAGCACACCAGCCUGCUUGGAUCCGGAAGUUCCAAGAGUGUCAAGAGUGAUAAAAAUUUCAACAACCUGAUCGUGGUCAACGGGAAUGUCAACGGCGGUGGCAAGCUCGCGAGUGUGUUGAAGAAGAAUGGUUCCGGGCACGGUUCCGGAACCACCACCGCCACCACAGUUGUAAACGGGGAUGGUCCGCUGAAGGUGGUCACGACCACCAACGGUUACAGUGCGGUCCGCAGUUGUGAGCAUGACGAAGACGACGACGACGUCGGCGAACCGGAAGAGGAAGACUAUCCGGAAGAAGACGAAGAGUACGACCUGGUCGCGGCCAACAACCGGAAGAAUACGAGCGGAAUAAUCACCGCCAAAAUGAGCACCAGUGCCAGUGUGACGCGUAGCUUGAACGGAAUAAACGGGAAUUCCGGGGCCGGGGUACCGCAGCCCCAGCCCCAGUCCUCGGUGGAAACGCCGAGCAGUGGGAUUAUCGUGGACACCAGCGAUGCCGACUCGGAACAGACGGCCGUCAGUGGUGUUAGUGGAAGUGGUGGCGGAGGUGGAGGAAAGAAGGUCAAGAUGAACAAGCUUGGCGGCAGCAAGAAUGUGACACUCAAGAGGGUCUCAUUCGGCUCUUCCAAGGGCUCGAUGGUGGAAACGCUGGUCUUCGAGACCCCAACGCCGCUGCCGGAGCACGCCGAGCGGGAGUUUUUCCACUCACCGGCGGUGCUGGCCGGCGCCGGCACCACUGUCAACAGUGUCCACCACUAUCAGCAGCACCACCACCACCAUCUUCCCCACUACCACCAUCCGAUGCAGCAGCAGCAGCAGGGCCAAUCACAGCAAUCUGACAGCAGCCUAGCGGGCCUGGAUGAUAGUGGAAUCGAGCUGCAGGAAGAAGUUGAACGUUCCAAAGUGCGUGUGUCGUUUUUCCAGAGCAGUAAACCCCAAUCGAUUAGCCCGCCCGAGUCGCUCCUGUUUGGUGGCGGACAGAACCUGAUUCACUUUGGGCCCGGAAGUGGCGGCGGAGGAGGCGGAUAUGAUAACAACAACACCCUGCUAGAUUCGUCCUACAUCACCUCGGCGGCGCUGAACCAGCAGUACGACUCGUUGCUCGCGGGUCAUCACCACCACAACAGUAGCAGCACGUUCCAGUACAACCCCGACGACCCCGCUAGUAUGGCGGCCGUAAUGGCGUACGACCGACAGAUGAGCACCGAAUCCGGCUGGGACAACCCGUUCCGACCCGGGGGUGACCUCUCGCGGGAAGCGGACGAAAUCGUUAAUCUCAUCAAAGGUGGCAAACCAAUCACACCGACCGGCGACCAGAGCCUGCUGAACGGUAGCGCACCAAAGGACAGCAGCCCGACGGAAAACGGUGGCAGCACGGUAGUGGACGGCGUUGCGACAAAGUUAGAGUCGACGCAACUCCAAAGCCAGCAGCAGCAGCCGAACGGUACGAAAUCUCCUCAGAAGGGCGGCCCGGACGCGGCCACCACGACGACGGCUGCGUCACCACAGAAAAACGGGUCCACUCCGUCGGCUGCGGCGGCGGCGGCAGCAAGUCAAAGUCCGGCCCAGACCCAAGUCAGCAACCAGGUGAUACCGGGGCCCCAGUCCGCCUCGCACGUGGUCAUCGACGAGAAGAAGAAGAAAAAGUGCGCCUGCUGCGUAAUACAGUAAGAAGGAAAGUGGCUUUCGGAAGUGCAAGAGAGGAUAUUUUGAGGGUUAGGGAUCGUGAGCGAAAGUGGAAAGUUUUUUUUCUUUGCUAUAAUAUUAUUUUGUUUGGGAGAACUUUCAACCAGAUUAAUUGUUUUUUUGUGUAGGGCUUUCCGAGGGGCUUUCGCGUAAGUCGCGGAACUGUCGGAUUUUGUUUUUGUUCGUUUUCUUUUUACAAUUAUCAACUUGAUUUUUACACACAUUCGCAUUAGCUACUGACAGGAUGAAAAGAGAAAGAGAGCAAAGGUAUAUCAUUAUUUUAUACUUUUUCCGGGGUGCGAACGUGUGUGUCUGUGUAUCUAAAUUAUUUUACCUAGAGUGGCGUGUGUGCGACUGAAUGAUUGUGGAAAAAGGAAAGGGUGCGAAUUUGCUAAAGAUUAUGUAUCCGUGUAAUCUGUAAAACCUAUGUAACGAUUAAUUGUAAUUUAGGACAAAUAAUGCUUCGAGUGUGUUGGCUGGCCGCUCGCCGGUUGGUCAACCCAGAAAAAAACAACAAUGUUUUAUAUGUAGGAUUUUAAAUAAUAACGGACUCAGUUUCUUUAUGAUUAUUUAUGUAAAACACUCUAUGCAGAUAACAACAAACAAACAGCAAAACAAAAGCGCGAAAUAUAUGUACUAUUCUAGGGUUGCGUUUUGGGUUCGAAGGGGGGAAAGAGACCGAAAGAGGAGGGAAAGUGUUGCAUUCUUGGUGAGUUUUGAUGAUAAUUUGCAGAAAAUUUUCGUUGAAAACAAGGUGUAAAAUUUGCACAGUGUUUGGUUCGAUGCGCAGCUGUCAAACAAGCUUCCACAAAUGGCUGCGUGCUGCAAAAUUUGUCGAAAAGAUCGAUGUCUUGUGAUGACUAGUAGAAAUUUGCAAUUAUUAAAACAGCUUCAACAAACUGGAAAUUGCUGAUUUUCAUUUAUAUUGUGUGUUCAUUUGACUCAGUGUUGUUUACAUUUUUCGACUCUCCCCGCAAACGUCAAACCAUACAAAAUUGUUGCCGGGUCUUUUUCGACAGAGAUCCGGAAAAAGAUACGGCAGCAAUUUGUAUUGAUUUGACAUUUGCUGAGGGGGGCGAAAAGUUUGUUGAUGUCACUGCUAGCAAAAAACAAACAAUUUCCUUACACGCUUAUAAGAAAUUACCGUCAACUGUGGUGAAUUGGGACACAUGGGGCGAAUUGGGACCACAGUUUUAACCAUGUUAGAGCACAAUAUUUUGAUUGUUCUGAUUGGUUUCGGGUAGAACAGACUCAGACCAACAAAAUGUUUACAUUCAUUUCCAAAUUUAAGCAUGAGCAUGAGCAUGAGCAUGGUUGACUGCCAAUGAGCUGCUACUCCGUUAUUGACAGAUCAGCUGAAGUUAAACAAUGAAUCAAAAAUGAUCAGUGGGAGCCAACCAUCCGUUCACUGUUUAACCCCUGAAGACCCCGACUUUAUUAGUCAAUACCGGCGCCCUCCCAAGAAGCCUGCAGUUCAACAAAGGGGAGGAAUGUUAGUCCGAUAGUUGAAGUUGCAGACUCAUCAAGCACAUAGUUUUUCGCUAUAUACUUGUUGAUACCGCUUGAGACCGUUGAAUCCACAGCAUCUCCUUCAAGCAUCACGUGAUUUUUUUUUUAUUGGGUUAGUAGGAUAAGGUAUUGGCUUUUCGAUGCCUCCCGAGCUACGAUGCUAUGGGGAGGACUUUCAUAACAAACCCGUCGGCGAGCCUUCCGAGCAACGAUGCUAUGGGAAGGUCUUUCUAAUUAGCACACCAAAACACUCGCGCACAGGUAUUUAAAUACUGAAUAAAUGUAAUUUUUCAUCACGAUUACCCAGACGACAUUGAUGAUAAAGGAAGGACUUUUCUACAGUCAUUUACAGUAAUACUUAAACUUAUUUUAAUGCAACAAUUCACACGACGUCGUGCCUCCCGAUCAACGAUGAUGUAGGAAGGACUUGAGCAAGCCAAUCAGGAUGAAACACGAAAUAAAAUUCUUUUCUUUUCACACACAAUGCCACAUAAUUGACCGCGCGUCACCACCCAACUCUUUACAUUCAUUUCCAAAUUUAAAACCUUUAAGUACUCCUAAAACUACUGUCCCCAUUCAGCCAGCAGUCCCGAUUCACCCCAGAUGACGGUAAUCAUGUUGGAGUCAAAUCUGAAAUGGGAUUGGAAAGUUUUCGUUUCACUAAAUAUUAUGUUAAUUUAAUUGAAAUUUGGUGUGAAUUUCAUUUAAAUUUCAGAAAACUUCGCUAGAAUUUUGAAUUAAAUUCAAACAGAUUGAGUUAAAUUUACCCAAAUGUGUUACCAGUCAGAAUGGAAUUGAAUAUAAAUUGUGUUUACUAAGCACUGUCAAAAAUAGACUUUGAAAGUGGCUGCGUUCUGAACACUGUGUCCAAUGCAGAGAUGGAAUUAUCUCUGCGAAAUUCUCUCACUCGUGAAAGUGAGAGGAGGUGAAACACGAUAAAGAAAAUUUUGUUUACGAAUUUCACUGCUAACACCACUUAAAUUUCCCUUUGUGGAGCUGGAUUUGGAGCUAAUGAGAUGCGAAAGAUCGUGAUCGUGAACAUGACGGCGCCAAAAUGUCAUUUGCGUCACAGAACAGAGCCAGUUGUGGCUGCGUACUUGCUAAUAACUCGUUGUUUGUCAAAUUCAACAACAACAUUCAAUUUUGUUUGAAAAAUGAAACAGAAAAUAAAAGGACUGGAAAGGUGAAAAACGAACCUCUUUGUAUAUUUGUUUAUUUUUAAACUAAAUUGUACGCAAACAGCAAUUACAAUAAUUUAUGCGACCAAAAUUAUCGCCACCACGGAUCAAAACAAACCAUACACGCAUAUUAGUUGUUGACAAGUUGUAGAAAAUGAAAAAGCUGUGUAAAAGAGGUCUAUUUUAGCGGAAAGUAAACUGUCAUCAUCACUUACUCUCAUGUGUAUUUAGAAAACGGGAUCUGAGAAAUCUAGUGCUAGACGACAGGGGUUAGUCGACAAAUGGAAUAAUAUCUAACCUUUUUUUUAAACUGUGUAUAUUAGUUUUUAAAAAUUUGACGAGUUGAACCGUGCUAAAAAGUUGCUGAAAAAUGAGUGAAUUUUUCCUGUUUUGAACUCAAUUUUGAGUAACAACUCAGGCGACUGAAAGCUACUCAAUUUUCAGCAGCUUGUCUUUUGUUCUCCACAUCUUGCGCGUUUGCGUCUGUCAAGUGACUUCUUUUUGAAUGAGUUUUAACAGGAUGGCACUGUGUAAUCUGGAAAUGCGAGGCGAUAAAGGCAGUAGGCGCUGAACCGAGAGGCAGAACAAUUUAGCAAAACCUACUACUCUAAGAGCAAACGUAACACACACACACAAACACACUAAACCAGAACCACGUGAUUGUUAGUUGAAGUAUAACAAAAACAAGUAAAUAACAUUGUCGAAAUAGUUAAAUCAGAACAUCAGCAUGCUUUAUGUGCUAUCGAUAUGAGAUAAAUCUAUUGAAAAAAAAACAAAACCAGAACAACUUUGUAAAACAGUUCCACGCGCGACUGCACGCCACUCUCAAAUUUGACAGAUUUUACUAGCUAAAUACUACAAACAGGAGGAAUCAUCAAACAAAAAAACCUGCAAAAUACGGAUUAACAGAAAAAAAUAAGUUCUCUCGAUAUAUGAAAACUCACACAACACACACUGCGAAAAGUAAAAGUAAAGAAAUUUAAAACGAAAUAAUAUUUAGAGAAAACAAAACAAGUAAUAUUAAAAUUACACAAACACACACAGAAAAAAUAA